GUGUUUAACCUGGCGUCAUGCCACAAGCUGAAAAUAUUGCGUCUAAUGGUAAAUGACAAAGGAGAUGACAUAUAUCUUACAGAUUCUGUCGAUUUGGUAACAUCAGAACUUCCGGUCGUGAUUGUUCUCAACCAUGCAGAGCCAGCUCGGUGUGGAGAUCCUCCUCCAGUCCUGCCCUCAAUACAAUACAUUGACUUGUUGGGGGUCAAAUGUUCCAGUUCCUGGCUACGCAGUCUGUUCAGCACGCUACUGACACUCGAUCAUGAGGUGCAGUGUGAGCUAACUAGCUGUUAUAUUACAUCGACUGGAGAGGGCUCUGUCAGAGAAUCAACCGAACAAAUAUCGACAAAUAUAAGGACGGGUUUUAACAAUACAUUCUACGUGCAACUUUCUCGGUACAGUUUCAUGUUUAGGAAGCCUCUACAUGGUUUUGGGGAGGCUCUACGUGGUCUGAAUAUCAAAUUGCUGCGUAUCAAUGUGGAAUACACGAUAAUGAGCCGUUCACACUUUGUAGCUUUCUUAUAUAAGUCACUUCCAUCACUCUCAUCACUGGAGACACUUGAUGUAUGCGUGGACGAUAUCAGUCCUGAUUUGUGUGAGUAUCUGCACAGUCUGCAUAUCAAGAGUGUGACUCUGAGUCAGAAGGGUAGGUGGAGGGGCGUAAUAGUAAAUCAUGUUUCACAGUUAUCACAGGUUCUCAUAUCGCCCACACAGAUGGAAGCUAUUAUUAUUGACGUGAAUGCCCAUCCAGAUCUGUUAGAGGCUCUGUGUGGUCGGAAUAUAAAUAGUCUCAGCCUAUAUGGAAGUGGAGAACAUUUGGAAGUGAAAAAUGUAUCGGCGUUGUGUAGGUCCCUCUCGUCUCUCAAACAGCUUGAUAAGCUUGAUGUUAUCGUGAACAAUGACACUCCUGGUCUGUGGCAGGCCCUGCAUGGUUUAAAUAUUAAGAGUCUUAGUCUGAGUGGUGGAGAAACAGGUUUGAUAGUGCAUCAUGUAUCGGCGUUAGCACAAAUACUGGCAUCGCUCAUACACCUAGAAACGCUAAGUAUUAAAGUCUCUGAAUACAAUCCCUGUCUAUGGGAGGCUAUCCACGGUCUGAAUAUUAAGUGUUUGAGUCUUUGUAACUUAGGUCAAUUGGAUCACAUAUCGUCGUUAUCGCAGUCACUAGCAUCGCUCACAAAUCUGGAAACGCUUUGUGUAAAAUUCUCUUGUGCAGGCGUUCCCCGUCUAUUGGAGACUGGCUGUGGUCUGAAUAUUACAUGCUUAAGUAUUGAAGCGAGUGGUACCUGCCAACAACUAUGGGAGGCUCUCAUAGGUCUGAAUAUCCAGAGUCUGAGUAUGAGUGGUUUUCGUCAUAUGCGGAAGAACAUACAAGAGGAACAUACGAUAUCUCCGUCUUUUUCAUCGCUCUCACAACUGCAAAUGCUUACACUAUAUGUAAGUGAUUUUUACGACAUACAGCUACCUCAAUAAUUGAAGUAUUUAAAUAUCUACUGGGGUGGUGAAGGGUAUACAUUCCCAUUAAGCGAUAUUGUGGGCAUACUGUCUGCAUGUACUCAGAGAAUUGAGAUUAAACUUGAAUGCGGUGUCCCUUUAACUGAGUCAAUAGAGGGAUACAAACACAAACUGGAGAGGCUGAAAAAUGUCAAGAUGACACGAUUUCUUAU